GAACUUCUAUAAGCGGGAAAAGCCACCAAACAUAACCAACUACCAGCCUAGCAAAACUCAUUCCUUGCCACCAAAAAUCCUCUUCAUUCCUCUUUGUCUCUCUCCCGUUCUUUGGGUGCCUAAUAGCCCCUCUCACCACCCAAUCUAACGUUGGCGUUGAGGACAACCUUCGUCGUCUCUUCCUCACGGUCAUGGGGAAGGGGCUGCCACCACCACCAUCAUCCGACAUCGAGACAGGAAGAACCUACAAGUCACAUCGUAGGACACCACCACCUCCACCGAAACACUUUUCACCCCCGGCCCCGAAACCAUGGUUUGCAUGGCUCGUGCCUCUCGUGUUUGUGGCAAACAUCGUAAUGUUUGUUCUCACCAUGUACAUCAAUAACUGUCCAGCGAAAACCGGGGCAGACAAAUGUCUUUUCUAUGAUUAUCUAGGAAGGUUUUCGUUCCAUCCUAUUAAGGAUAACCCUCUUCUUGGCCCUUCAUUCAGCACGCUGAAAGAACUAGGAGCUCUUGAUUGGAAACUGGUGGUCGAGAGCAAGCAAGCGUGGCGCCUCAUAUCCUGCAUAUGGCUUCAUGCUGGAGUCAUCCAUUUAGUAGCUAAUAUGAUGAGCCUUUUAUUCAUAGGAAUUCGGCUGGAACAAGAAUUUGGAUUCUUUAGAAUCGGCCUCUUAUAUGUGCUCUCUGGCUUUGGUGGAAGUUUGAUGUCUGCUCUAGCUUCGGCUGGGCGGAAACAAACCAUAUCUGUCGGUGCAUCAGGUGCACUUUUCGGCCUGUUGGGAGCUAUGCUUUCUGAGCUCAUUACAAACUGGACAAACUAUGCAAACAAGUGUGCAGCUCUGUUGACCCUGGUGUUGAUCAUUUCCCUGAAUCUAGCCGUGGGAUUUCUACCUCAUGUGGAUAAUUCAGCUCAUAUAGGAGGGUUUAUCUCCGGAUUUCUAGUCGGAUUUAUACUUCUCAUUCGCCCUCAGUUUGGAUAUGUAAGCCGCAAGCAUAUUCCGCCUGGAUAUGAGAUAAAGCAUAAAAAGCCAAAGCACAAAUGCUAUCAAUAUCUGUUAUGGAUUAUUGCCUUAGUCCUUUUAAUUACUGGAUAUGCAACUGGCUUAACUAGGCUGUUUAAAGGUCAGACUUUUGAAAGCAAACCUCUCAGCAGCUUGGACUAGCAGACCAUAUUUGUAUCAGCUCAAUUGCCUCUUUUCUAAGCAGCACAAGUAUGAUCCCAGAAACUCCCUUUCAUCUGUCUUUAGUUGCAGUGAGAAUGUAAAUAAUACAUUCCAAUUCAGAAGGGAGUAUGACCCUGAAUCUUGACCCCCUCAGUAAAAGGAUAAAAUUCAUUAGGCAAAAUUUUAAGUUGUUGAAUUUGUGAUUCUAGAUAUAAAUGUAUCCUUGUCGAUGUUUAUGUACAUGCACAAGUCUUCAAUUCUUAUUGUUUGAAUGUUUCACCUUCAGGCUACUAUCUCUGAGGUGGAUGUAGCAGACGGUGGUCAAACAAAAACCAGAGCAGAAGUAAAUACAUGUGUAUAAAUACCUUUUAAAUUACAUGCAGCUGGAUUGGUAGUAUAUAAAGUAAACACAUGUGUGAGGACUCUUCUUUGUAAUUAAAAACCCACAGUUAGUUUAUAAUGAUGUAUCAUUUACUCAUCA